AUGUUAGUGUCUACAAAUAAUACACCAAAAAAUAAAAACAUAGCAAGUAACGAGGAGUAAAGAACAAUUGAAAAACUCAGAUUUCUCUUAAAAAACUCAAUCCAGGUAUACCAAAAAUACAUAUUAAUAAAUCUAGCUCAAUGAUGAAUUGGAAAAGAAAAAUGCUUUACUCCUAUACAGAAUAGAAUAAUAAUAAAAUACAUCUUAAUAAUCCAUCUCACAAGAUGAUUAUAAACAUUAGCUUGUUAAACUUCAAAAGCAACUUUCAGAAGCUUAGUCAGAAAAUCACUUUCUAUAAUAAAGUUUGAAAUGUCUCAAAUAAUUAGGUAUAAUUCACAUUGUAUGAAUUUAAGGAAAUCAUAAUAAUAAAUCAAAUUUUGAGUUAACUCUCUAAGAUUGUGCAGUAUCAUAGAUAGAAAAACAAUUUUUAGAGUACUUUGAAAAAUCAUCAUCUGUAGUCUAAGAAUAAAUGAUUUUAGAAUUCCAAAAUUUAUUAGAGAAAUUAUAAACUAAAUACUAAAUAGUGGAAAUACACAAAAUUACGAGUUUCACUAAUCUAGAUAAAACCAAAUGUAUUGAAUCACAAUAGAAAGAGAUUGACAUUCUGGAGUUGAAAUUAAACAAUACAGAAAAAGAACUUUGCGAUCUUAAACGUAUUAAACCUUAAUAGAAUUUUAGGUGGUUUAGAAUCAUUUUAGUAAUAAUAGUCAAUGAAAUCAAGCUAAUAAGAUUAGAUUCAUGAUUUUUUCAAUUCAAACUAAUUUGAGGUCUUCACUUCGAGACUAAAUCAUAGUCAAAGAAUAGAAGAUUGCCUCAGUAACGAUAAAAGAUGGAUAGAAAUUGAUAAUUAAUAACUUAAAACCGAUGAGAGAAAACUAAUUCAAUAUGAAAAGAUAAUAGAGAACUAACAAUUAGAGAUAGAGAGUCUUCAAAAUAAAGUAUCAAAUUUAUCUAAAGUACAAUUAUUAAUAGUUUUAGAAAAAAAACCAAUUGAAAUUAUAAAACUAAGAACUUUCGUCUGUCUUAUAUUAAUAAGCAGAAACCUGUCAAAGAAUUAUAUCCAAUUUACAAACAAAAAUAGAAAAACAAGUUGUUUAGAUACAAUAUUACUCUUCUAUUCAAUAGAUGAGAUCUAAAUAAAACUAAGUAAAAAAAAAUUAUAUUGCCAAGCAGCCCUGUUAGCAUAUAGUAUAGAGCAGUUAAUUUAUAGAUACAAGGAAAAAGUUCACAUACCAUUCCCCAAAUACUAACAAUUCUCCAGUUUCAAUUACUAAAUCAUAAACUAAUAAUAGAUCUCUCAGAAGAGUAAUAUAUUUCAAAUAUUGUAAAAGCAAGACUCAUCUAAUGAUUAGACAACAUGGGUCAUCAAGACAACAGAUGCAUCAUUAGUAAAGAAAUUAGAUAAAAAGGACUCCUAAUCAGAGAGUACAACUGAUUAGGUUACAAAACCAACUAAACUGUCAUCCCAAUUAUAAGAGGUAAAGAAAUCUCUUGAUUUGAUGUCAAACGGUAUAUGCACAUAGAAAUUUCUAAAAGGAUAUUAUUUUGUAUAGAAUAAACCAAUUUUAACUCUUGAUGAUUUUUGA